CAUUAAUCAGUGAAUCAUAGAAACAACAUCGACAUUUCCUAAUUAUUUAGACUAAUUUCAAAAGUCCAACACUAAUUCCCAUCCACACCCAUCUUAUAGUUGCGCUCUCUCUAUAUAUACAUAAAAAUCUAAUCUUUUUGGUCCUCUUUAUUCAAAAUCUAUCAUUCUUGCAACCAAUAUUAGUCUUAAUUUCCUUAUUUGCUAAAGAAUUACUUAGUAAUUGAAGUGUUGUGGGCGUGGAAGUGAAUUUCUCAAAUGGGAAAUUGCUUUCGAUCUCAGCUAGCUGCGGAUCCCAGCCCUAUUCCUGCUAUUAAUAAUUCCAGUGGACAAUCCACUCAAGCGACUUGGCCUAAUCACAGCAAUGGCGGAACGAGCUCUGCGACGGACAGCAGCAGCAGAGGGCUUAGCCAGAUUUCAAAUGGUGCGAGUGAUGAAGGUGUUGUUGGGGGAGAAAUAUUGGCGACUCCAAAUGUAAAAGUGUAUAAUUUUGGUGAUUUGAAGAGUGCGACGAGGGGUUUCAAGAGUGACAUGGUGUUGGGUGUGGGAGGUUUUGGGACAGUUUACAAGGGAUGGGUGGAUGAGAUAACACUCCUCCCAACGCGACACGGCACGGGGAUGCUGGUUGCCAUCAAGAAGCUCAACCAGGAAAGCACCCAAGGCUUUGAUGAAUGGCAGGCAGAAGUCGACUUUCUAGGCAGGCUUUCACAUCCCAACUUGGUCAAGCUCUUGGGAUACUGUUUGGAUGAUCAAGAGCUGUUGCUUGUUUACGAGUUCAUGCCAAGGGGGAGCCUCGAAAACCAUCUCUUCAGAAGAAACGCUGCAACCGAGCCUUUAUCGUGGGACAUACGCCUCAAAAUAGCCAUCGGAGCAGCACGAGGCCUCGCCUUUCUGCACUCUUCUGAGAAGCAAGUCAUCUACAGAGACUUCAAGGCCUCCAACAUUCUGCUGGAUGGGAGUUACAGCGCGAAAAUAUCUGAUUUCGGGCUAGCAAAACUGGGGCCUGCUGCAGGGAAUACUCAUGUAACGACUCGAAUCAUGGGCACCCACGGCUACGCUGCGCCCGAGUACAUUGCGACGGGUGAGUGGCGCUGCAUUUCAUCUCACCACUUAUUUAUCAUCACAUCACAAUGUGAUAUAUGUGUAUACCAAACAGGGCAUCUGUAUGUGAAGAGUGAUGUGUACGGCUUUGGGGUGGUGCUGCUGGAGAUGAUGACCGGGCUGAGAGCGCACGACACCAGGCGGCCCACCGGGCAGCAUAACCUGGUCGAUUGGUUGAAACCCGAUCUCUCCCAUCGCCGCAGGCUCAAAACAAUCAUGGAUAGUCGGAUGGAAGGGCAGUACUCGUCCAAGGCCUCCUUUGAGGCCGCCAAGCUCACGCUUAGAUGCUUGGAACCCGAGCCCAGGAAGCGCCCUUCCAUGGAGGAGGUCGUCGUGGUCUUGGAACAGAUUGCAGCCAUGAGUGCGUCGCACCGCCCGCCCAGGUCUCAUCGCAACGCCGCCGGUGGGGGACCUGGAAGAUGACCACCAUUUCUGGGAUGCUUGUUUCACAUCUUUGUACCAUUUUCAGUGUAUCAUAUAUAGUGUUUUGGAUUUCUUUGUUAGAUUUUGUAAGAUUGAAUUUUAUUUGUAAAACUAUAGACCAAAAUUGAGAUUGAGGAAAUGAAGAAAUAUUGCAAUUA